AUGCUUCUGGGCGCACUGGCCAUCGUGGCGCCGACGCACAUCGGCAUACCCACGGCACUUGCCGUCACCGGUCUGCGGGCCGCGCUGGGCGCUGCAAAGCGCAGGCGGCAACGAAAGGCCGCGCAGCUAAAAUCCGAAAGCACUGCGAAGCUGGAGGCCAAAUAUGAGGAGUUGCUCGCUGAGGAUGCCAUCGACCCGGUCACCUUGUCCUGGACUGAUCUGCAUUGCAGCCUCAAACUAAAGGACGGAACCAGCAAACCUAUCUUGCGUGGCGUGUCAGGUGUAGCGCGUCCCGGCAGGCUCGUGGGCCUUAUGGGUCCCAGCGGCAGCGGCAAGACAAGCCUGCUUACGGCGCUAGCGGGACGAGUUCCCGCCAAUUCAAAAAUGGAGUUGACUGGAUCUUUGACGGUCAACGGCAGGCCGGCUGCGGAGGCGGGACACCGCCAGGCCUUUGUCCAACAAGAAGAUCUCUUCUUCUCGAUGCUCACCGUCGAGGAGACUCUCUCCCUAGCUGCGGAGUUGCGGCUCCCCCGCGAGAUGUCCCCUGACGCUCGGGCCGCCUACGUGGCGCAGCUGGCGGGCAUGCUGGGUUUGAGCAAGGCGGGGGACACGAGGGUUGGGGAUGAGAAGAACCGUGGACUUAGCGGAGGUGAGAAGAAGCGGUUGAGUAUCGGUUGUGAGCUGGUCGGGUCGCCCUCACUCAUCUUUUGCGACGAACCGACCACGGGGCUCGACUCCUUCCAGGCAGAAAAGGUGAUGGCCACGUUAUCCUCCCUGGCGCGAUCGGGGCACACGGUGGUGGCUUCCGUACAUCAGCCCCGCUCGUCCAUUUUCGCCAUGUUCGACGACCUGGUACUGCUGUCGGAGGGACAGCCCGUGUAUUCGGGACCGGCGGACAAGGCUCUGGAUCAUUUUGCCAGUUUGGGCCAUGUGUGUCCGGAGCACUACAACCCCGCGGAGUUCUUGGCGGACCUCAUCUCCAUCGACUUCGCCAACAAAGACGCGGAGGCGGAGAGCAGGGCUAGGCUGGAAAGGCUGGUGACCGCGUGGCGGGCUAUAGAGCAGAGCGGAGCGUACGGAGGCAACGGCGGCAAUGGCGGAGCGGCGGCGGGUGGGGAUGCUGCGGCGGCGGAGGGGGUGAUGCGGCGGGCGGCCCUGCUGCCUCGGGCGGGCCCUGUACGGCAGCUGAGCUUGCUGCUGAGCCGGUCAUGGCGCCAGGUCACUCGCGACAAGGCCACCAACGUAGCUCGCGCCAUGUCCAACUUGUCCUCAGCACUGGUCUUCGGAGCCAUCUUCUUUCGAAUGAAGAGGGGCCAGUCCAGCAUUCAAGAUCGGAUGGGAUUGCUCCAGGUGGCCGCCAUCAACACUGCUAUGUCUUCCCUGGUCAAGACGCUCAACAUCUUUCCCCGCGAGAGAACUAUCGUGGCGCGGGAACGCGCCCGCCAGUCGUACGGCAUCCUGCCGUACUUGUCGGCCAAGCUGGCGGCGGAGCUGCCCGUGGGUGCGCUGUUCCCGCUGCUGUUCGGCGCCCUCGUGUAUCCCGCCUGCGGCCUGCACCCCUCCCUGCCGCGAUUCGCCAAGUUCCUUGGGAUCCUCACGCUGGAGUCCUUCACGUCGCAGGCUCUCGGCCUGGCGGUGGGCUCUGUGGCGCCCACCACAGAGGCGGCGAUGGCCAUAGGGCCCGCGGUGAUGCUCGUGUGGAUCGUGUUUGGCGGCUACUAUGUCAAUGCGGGUGAGUACGGCGAACUGCAUUGGGCCCGCGGGGGGGGGGAGAGAGGUACUUGA